CCUCACUUUGCCCACAUUUAUUUCAUCUCAAAGCAAUCACAUGCCUUCUACCUUUACCGUACACUCCUAAUCCUCGCCGGAGUUUGAAAUAUAUGGCUUCCUUCGACAUCGUCGAUUCCGUCCGACUCUCCGCCGCCGCUACCAGGUCCAAUUUCUCCCAGACCUGCAGCCUCCUCAGCCAGUAUCUCAAGGAGAAGGGCACCUUCGGCGACCUCACCCUCGGCUUGACUCCUACCCCCGAAAUCAAAGAUGCUCCAACGGAGACGGUGAAUUUUCUGUCGGCGAUUGAGAAUUCCGGCAACAGAAACGCUAAAUCGGCGGUGGAGACUGCACCGAUGACGAUAUUCUACGGCGGACAGGUCAUGGUCUUCAAUGACUUUCCGGCGGAUAAGGCGCAGGAGAUCCUAGCUUUAGCUAGCAAGUCCAGCGCCGUGGUCGUUCCGCCUCCCGCCGCCGAGUCUGCCUCCGGUGUGCCUGCCUUCGUGGCCGCUCAGCCGUCUCUUGAUUCUGAUUUACCGAUUGCUAGGAAGAAUUCUUUGGCGCGGUUCUUGGAGAAGAGGCGGGACAGAGUCACCGCAAAUGCGCCUUAUCCAGCGGCGGCAAGGAAGGCAGCGCCGGUGCCGCCGCCGAAGGCGGAGGAGUGGCUUGGAUUGGGGCCGCAGAUUCAGCGCAACUAGUAAUUGAAUUGAAAAAGAUUGUUAGUAUAGUAGAGACUAUAAUUUUACUGCUUUGCCUUUGUUAAUUUGUAGCAUAAUAGCUUUGACUGUUAACUCUUUUUAAGGUAUUUUGUUUCUGAUUCAAAAUAUUAAAUAUUUAUUUUACUAUUUUUUUAA